AUGAUAAAUUGCAGAAUUGACGAGAAAGGAGUGGUGAUGAAGAAAGAGGGGCUUUUGGGUUCGAACACCCGGAAUAGGGUCUAUCGGCCCGGCUCAAAAGAUGUCGACAGCAUUCGGGAGAGCAUCAGAAAGGCUCGCGCUCAGAAAAGUUGGUUUUCCAGAAAAAGAAUUCAUUCGGAAAAGAUUUUUUGGAAGAUGUACUGAAAUGUGAAGAAAAAACUUGUAAAAAAUGGUAAAAAAAAAGUCAAAGAGGUUUCAAAAAGGAGUUUUAAAAAAAAGGCAUUAAAAGGAACUUCCAUAGCACCUUUCAACAGCCAUUAGUUGGAGGAUAGUCUUUUUUAGAAGGAAAAAAUGGGUUUAAAAGAAGUUGAGCUUCGAAGGUCUUAGAUAAGUUGCAAAAAGGAUUUUAGAAUUUAUGCUUUCUGAAAAAUUUCAAGAAAGUUUUAUUCUUCUGUUUGGCCUUUUUGAAAUCUUUGAGAAGUUUAAUUAAACUUUGCUGAUAAUUUUUUUUCAAAUUUUGAUACCGUUGUUAGAUUUUUUAACUUUUGAAUUAUUUUAGUUCUAAUUUUUAGGAUCGACACCGAAAACGAGUGUGAGUCAGAGGGAGAAAACUCGGGACCGGACGGAUUGUGAUCGAUUUUUGGAAGGUAAAAGAGUUAUUAAUGAAAUAAACUCAAUUAUUUCUCCAUUAAACGAAAUCUAUAGUCUCAGAAACUUUUAAAAAAAGGGGAAAAACGCCUCACAAAAUUUUUCGCAAUAAAUCUUGUUUCCAAGUUAUAAAGCUUCAAAGUGUGCAAAAAACGCAAAUUAGGCCAAAAAGCGCUAUUUUGGGUUUUUUCAAAAACGAGAUCUAUUGCGAGAAGUUUUCUUUCUUUUCUGGAAUCAGGGGAUCCUAAAGUACACUUAAGCAAAGUUUCAGCAAAAGUUGAACGGGGGGGUAAAAAAACGUUUCCUAGUCAGCUUGAUGUGCUCUGAAUUUCAUGUAAGCUUCAACCGUUGCCAAAUUCCAGAGAAGCUUGAACUUUAGGCGAUUUUUUUAAACUUCUGUUUUUUUGGCGCUAAUGAAUCUGUGGAGAUGAUGAACUUAAAAAUUUAGAAAUUCGGACUUUUUGCUCUUAUAAACUAACAUUUUUGGAAAUUUUGCUUUUAAACGUUUCAGUUUUUAAAAAAAUUACAUCAUCUCCUAGUAAAUAAUUACGGAAAGUCCCUUCUCCAUUUCAGAAGGCUUCCAAUCGGCCUACGAUGGCACCUACGAGGAUCGCUGCCGUUUUUUGAACUCUCUGAAUGUUCUCAUCGAUGAAACGAGGACGGAGGCUUUGGCCGACCCGGAAUUCUUCGAGAAAUUGUGUCGACAGUUCGUUUUUUUCUCUGAAAAAAAAGAAAAUCAAGAAGAAGAAAAAAAUUUUUUUUUAAAUGGCUCGAAUCAACUUUAGACUUGUAUGAGUAUAGCUUAUUCACGGCCAGCUUGGGACGCUAAGGGGGCGUGUCCUGUCUGCGCUCUCCACGAGCCAGGCGCUAUCUCGUGCAUUUUCGUGUCAGGACCCAUUUUUCGAUGGCUCAAGCCAGCCGCGAAUCAGCUAUUCAAAAGCGGGAACGGAGAAGAAGAAAAAAUUGAAUUUUACAGCGUCCUCCGUGUACUGACAGAUGAUCACCCGGCGAUCCGAGCCAUGUGUUUUCACCUCCUAAGGAAAACCAUGCUGAAUGAGAGGAAUCUGGUCGUGAUUCUAACCUCCCACGUCGAUAUUUACGUCGUCCGAGCGUUGGACUUGCGGGUGGAGAAUGACGCGGAACGUUGCGAGGCGUUCCGAUUAAUCGCCUGCAUGAUUAGCAUCUAUCAAGGCUCCAAUUUAAAGAAACUCAUCGUCGACUCGGCCAAUGAGAAGAAUGGAAAGUUGGUGACUUUCUGGAGAUUCAAAAAAAAAAAUAGACUUGAAAUAUUUUUUCCACGUCCUCUAGGAAACGUGGUGAAUAGAUUUUCGUUGAUAUGAGUAAAAAAAAAGUUCACUUUUUCUAUGUACCUAAUUUUUUGUCUGUUCUGAGCAAAAUCAUCGAUUUUACUACUCGAAAAAUCUCUAUAUUAAUAAGGAAAGUGAAAAAAUUUUGCGAAAAAAAAAUUGAAGCUCGGGAAAUUUUUAUUUUUCUUCUCAUUUCUAUAAAAACUUGAAAAAAUGUCACUAAAAAAAAACUCAUGACCGCAUGUGAAAUGGGCAUGCUGGAAAAGUCGGUCGUCCGAUUUGGAAAAUUAGGCCACGUCGUAAUUUCAAAAAAAAAAAAAAUUUGAAUAAUUUUAUAAUUUUGAAUGUAGUAACCAUACUCGCAAGAACGAUACAGUUAAAUGGAAAUAAGCGAAAAACUUAGUAAAAUUUUAAAAAAAGGAAGAAAAAUUCAAAAAAAAGAUUGAGAUUCUAAGUGUUCCAUGGAGCAAUAUUGCGGCGUGGCCUAGUUUUCCAAACUGACCGACCGACUUUUCCAGCAUGCCCGUGGACUGGCUUGACGCGCGAAGCGGUUACUUUUAAAGUGCGACCGAAUAGAAAAUAUUUUUUCAAGGGAUCAUUGAGAAAGAUUUUAAAAAGCUACUGUUAAACCGCCACGCGACCGCGAUACUUUAAGCCAUUCUAAGUGCGACCAUGAUCAGGAUUUUUCGAGAAAAAGCUCAAAAAAUCACAUUUUUGACCUCAAAACGACAUUUUUUUCUUAAAAAGAAGGACUCGGUUUCGCGCCAUCAAGCAUUUUGAGACGUAGGAAUUCACUCCGAAACGAGAUCUCGAUUUGAAAAUUAGAACAAUUUCUAACCCCCAAGUUUCCCAGGAAGUUCGCCUUCCCCAAGUCAAUAAUGCAACCGGUAAUAUCGAUUGCCCUGGCGGCAAUGUCGGCUUCCUGGUCCUCUGUGACGUCAUCAGAAUCCGUCUACGACGACAAGAUGGCCCUGCCCUGUAUCGGACUUUUCUGCGAGUUUUGUCUGCUCGAACCAGAUCACAUCCUCGACAUGGCUGGCACUGAUUGGAUUGUGAGAGAACGAAGAAAAACCCUCAAAGAUAUUCCGGUUCAGGUCCGGGUCCUGACCGGCGAGGCGAGAACCAACCGACGGAUUGUCACUUUAGUGGCUCACAUUAUUGUCUCCUGGCUGGACGAUCCGAAGAUGAGGGCCAAGGCUCAUUUGCACCUAGUUCUCGAGGUUUGAAGCUCGAAAAAUGAAGGGACUUUGAGAAAAAAAAAAUUAGGUAGUUCUAAGAUUUUUGCAAACAACAGCUCAGUAAUGCGCUACGUGGGGAUUCUUGAAAAACAGUUUUUUGCACUUAUUUCGAAUCUUCACUUAUUCACCUCAAAUUGAAUCAUUCUGGUCGCAUUGAGAAUGGCUUGAAGCGUUGCGGUCACCAGUUAAUGUCGGACGUCUUAAUAAUAAUAAUAUUCAGCCUUUAAAUAAAUAUUAUUAAUAUUAAGACGUAUUUCUGUCAUAUAGCCGAUUCACGGCUAGGUUAGGGGCGUGGCCUGUCUGCGCUCUCCACCAACCAGGCGAUGUCUCUUUCAUUAUCGUGCCAGGACCCUUUUUUCGAUAGCUUAAGAUAGCCGGGAAUCAGCUAUAUGUUCGAGCCGUUCCCUAUGCGACCAUGAGUUUCAAAUUUUAUUAAUUUAGUACCAUACUGUAAUAGGAGCGCUCGGGACUAGUUGGGCCUCGAAAAAAAAGCUCUUUUCAAUCUAAAUUCGGUCACUGAUUUUCAAGGGAACUCUUAAUAUUCUGAAGUUUUUUCUUACCGAGCUCAUUCAGCCCUGGAGGAGGGGGUUAGCUUAAAAUAAUUUUGAAAAAAUAGGAAUAAAGUUAUGCUUCAACCUGAAAGAGGUAGUUUUGGCCACAAGUUUGAACCUCAGGCAGGUAGUAUGAGCUUUACUUUAGGGAAACUUUGAAGGAGGGGUUGACUUAAAAAGGGCCUGCUUGGUAUGCUUUUUACUAGUAGGAAUCUGCUCCUUGAUUAUUUUUUGAACUGAGUCUGAGUAUAAUAUUUGCAGCUAUUAUUUUUUUUUCAGCAAAUCUUCGCCCCACUCAUCGAGUUUGGCUUUUUCCAAAAGUAUGAUGCUCACGCGCCGAAACCUGCAGGUUUUUUUUAAAUUUCAGAUUUUGCCUUUUUGAUGGGCUCUGAUGAGGAGAUGUACUUCAAAUGUUCUCCUAAAAGCUUCAUACAACUUUCCUGAACCUCGGAAUUUAAUUCCUUCUUUUUCUUACAGGACGAAUCCUAACGGACAACACUGGAGACGUCCUGGAGAACUUCAAGUACUCGUUCCUGUGCAUCCUGAAGACUUGGUCGGGUCUUUUCGCCUGCGCGGCCGUCGGUCCCGACUCGACGAUCAUGACGUCCUCGCCACUGCGUCUCCUCGAGUACCUCGGCCUCGGAACGGUGAGCCCCGUCGGCGGCAGCGAGAACCUCCAGCGAAUCCGCGACAUGGUCGUCGACAUCUGCUGCGAGUUCGUCGACCUGCCCUACGCCGCCAAGAAUUUCGUCUCCUGGGAGGAGGCCGCCAAGUUCUAUGGUCGGUUUUAGCAGCUCUAUAGUACAUUUUUAAUAAUCCAAUUUACCGAAAGUUCAUGAUUUUAGCGAUUUUUGGGAGGAUACCUGAAGAAGAGAAGAAAGUUCUGAAAAGAUCUGAAACUAUGAUUUUUCGAUUUUUCAGAAGAAGCUAGGUUCCUAGAAAAAUCAAGGCUGGUUUUUUGAUUUUUCCAACUUUCAAAAUAGCUAGGUUCCUAGAAAAAAUCAAGGCGGCUUUUCUGAUUUUUACGAAAAAGUAUUCUUGGAUUUUAGAAGCCUACAGCUUGCGCUAUGAGUCUUGAAACAUUGUGGAAACCAAAACAUUAUCAAAAGUUGUGCUUUUUGCAAUUUUUGCAAAAUUUCUGUAGGUUUAUUGAGAAAGCCAAGUUUCCGGAAAAAUUCAAGCCUAUUUUUCGGAUUUUCUGACCGGGGUAUAGGUUUUUAAGGAAAUUUGAAGCUUCCAAAAAUCAACGAAUACCUGAAUUUUCUCCUAUUUUUGAGAUUUCUUUAGGUUUUCUUAGUAUUUGGAAAAAUCAAGCAGGAAGUCUGGAUUCAUUUGGGGGAAGUUAUGGAAUUGAUGAGAAAAAUCAAGCCUACUUUUCAACUUCUAUUGAAAUCGAAACCUCGCAUUUUAGAAGCCUACAGCUUUGGUUAAGAGUUUUUUGAAAAAUUGACUUUUUGCCAAUUUUUUUCACAUUUUUUCUAAGGAAGCAAGUCUACGGCAAAAAAUUAUGGACGAAAUUACUGGAAAAAGGACUUCGUGAAGAGGACCCUAAAGUGGUCACUAAAACUACCUCUAUAGAGGCCACUAUUUGUUCAUUAGGGGCAACUUUAGUAGUUUUAGUCAUCUACUAGUACCGCUUUGAACUCUAUAGUGGCCGCUAAUUUUAAACCCCUAAAGUGGCCUCUAAUUUGACUACUAUAGUGGUCACUAACACGUCAAAACCCUAUAGAGACCACUGAAAUUUUUCCUAUUUAUUUUAUAGCUGUACCUACCUAUAAAUCUUCCAGAAACGAUGCAUUUUGCUGACACUUACCGUGCUUCUCUGAAGUAUGACUUCAUUUUGGCCCAAAACGAGGCCCGGCUAGCCAAUGAUGCGGUUGGAUCCUACUAGGAAAGCUUCAAAAUUCGCGAUUUUCCAUUAGGAAUUCACAAAUACGGUCGAUUUGGUCGCGUCCUUUCGAUUCCUGGCUCUGUUCGUCUUGAUCAACGCCGGCCUCCCUCAAUCCCUGGCCCGUUUGAUUUUGGCGACGCCAGAUUCUCCGAGUGGCCUGAAAGCUUCGCUUCUUCUCGCCGACAUGCUCAGGGCGGUCAGUAUGAUUGUUUUCCUUCAGAAUCAGGAGAUUAACGUCCAAGAACUUCUCGGCAUUUUUAAUUUUUCGAAAUUUGGUGGAAAGUACGGAAUGGGGCUCAUUGAGAAAAAAUGAAGAAAUUAUUUGGAUAGGUGGAAAAAUUUUAUAAAACGAUACUGGAAGGCUCAAAGUUCACCUUUAUGUGCGCUCCAUGGAAAAUUAACAAAAAUUGGUUUUACUACUCGGACAUUGGUAACGCGAAACGGACAUGCUCCGGACGUUUCUGGGCGAUUCUAGGGAUCACUUAAGAGUUUUGAGGCUGCUAAAGUGGUCACUAGAAAUGCCCCGACACGUCCGAUUCGCGUCCCGUUCGCGUUACCAAGGUCCGAGUAGAAAUUUAAGCUGGUAAGAACAUAGGUAACGUAAACCGGACGGUUCUGAGCAUUUCUAGUGACCACUUUAGGGGCGUCAGUACCCUUGAAUCAUUCCUAGAACUACCUAGAACCCCCAGAAGUGUUUCCCAGGACCGCUGAAAAGCUAAAAGGCCCGGGAACGUCGGAAAUGCGUUACCGAGAUGGAGGUUUCAGUUCUCUUAAGUGAUCCCUAAGAAUUGCUUUUCUAAAUAAUUAAAAAAUUUUCUCUCGGGCCUCGGUAGUGCAAAUCAGACACGCCCCAGACGUAUCGGAGCAUUUCUAGGGAUCACUUUAGCAGCGUACUCUUAAGUGAUCCCUAGGAUUUCUCAGAAAGUUUCGGAACGCGUCCGGUUUUUUAUCGAAGUCCAAGAUGGGGAUCUCAGUUCUCUUAAGUGAUCCCUAGAAUUUCUUACAAGCGUCCGGGGUGCGUCCGGUUUGCGCUACCGAGAUCCAAUAUAAAACUCUCAACUUUUCAGAAAUUUUCAACUGGAACUGUUAUAAAUGGUUUUUUAAAAACUACUGAUUUCAGGCUCCUUCGAUCGUGCCAAGUGGCUGGCGAGCCUCACUCCUGUCGAUGCCGACCUUGGUUCAAUCGGCCUGCGAAACUUUGGCCAGCUGCCGAUCCGCAGCCGCCAUCCAUCACUACAAAACUGACGAUCUUCAAUCCUUUGACCAGCAAGAGUCCUAUACCUACGUCAAUGCACAGUGAGAGUUUGUUGUAGUAUGGUCGCGUUUGGAAUGGCUCAAUGGAACUGCAAAAAACCGCAUGUUCACUGAGGUAUCAUGUAGCUUAGGAGAAAGGAAGUAGCUUCAAGUGGAGCAUUGCCAUUCAGGCCCACGCCAUUUUGACCCAAAAAGGGGAAGGAACAUUCCUAAUGGUUCUUGAGGGGACAAGAUGAUUUCAUAUGAAAAUGACUCUUCUGAAAACUUCAAAAAGCUUUACUCUGAACGAUUUUGAGCAUUUUGAGUCGAGAGAUGAUGUUUUGAAGUUUCGAGUGACAAAAUUGACUCGAAAUAAGAAAAAUUCGAUAUUUCAAGGAUCCUAAUGGUUUUUGAGGGUGCCAGAGAGUUUUAUUUGAAAAAGGAACCCCUGAAAACGUCAAAAAAAACUUUACUCUGUCCGAUUCUGAGCGUUUUGAGCCGAGAGAUGAUGUUUUGAAGUUUCGAGUGACAAAAUUGACUCGAAAUAAAAUAAAAUUUGUAUUUCGAGGACCCCUAUGGGCUCUUGAGGUACCAGAUGGUUCGAUAUGAAAAAAGAACCCCAAAAAACGUUUAAAAAAAAUCUUACUCAGCACGAUUCUUUUUGAGCCGAGAUAUGAACUUUUGAAGUUUAGAAUGAUUGAUUAGACCACCGAAAACUCAAUAUUUCGAGAAUCCUAAUGGUUCUGAAAUGUGCCAGAGGGCUCUGUAUGGAAGAGGACUCCCUGAAAAUGUCAAAAAACCUUACUCUGCCCGAUUCUGAGCAUUUUGCGCCGGGAUAUGAAUUUUUUUACGGUUAUAUAUGGAAGAGGACUCUUUAGCAUGAUGGUAAGAAAGUUACUUGAAGUCAGGCGCUGCUGAACCAUUCCAAAUGCGACCACCGUAUUUCAAAUACCGGCUAAACGAAUCAAAAAACAGAAACGCUGAGCUCGUCCUUCAUCGAUUCGAUCAACUGAAUGGAAAAUGGAUCGGAAUCGCGGCCGACCCAACGCCGGAUGAUUCAUUUUUGGCUCUUUUCAUUCCGGAAACCCUUUCCGUUGAAGCGAAACGGCCUCCUUUGGUACCGAGAAAAUGAUAAUUUGAUCGUUACUAUGGAAUUAUGUAGGCUUCAUCCCCUGCGCUGAAAAAAGGAAGCAGAUUUCCGACGGUUUUUCUGAAGAUGGGGAGGACGUUGAAGCCUACAAGGGCAGGACUUGCACUAGUGAGUUUUUAAAAAAAGGCGAUAUUUUAUGCUGUUUUCACUAUUGAUUUUUUUUUUUUACGAAUUUUCGGGGUUUGAUUUGAGUUUUUUCUCAUGUGACACUCAGUGUUUUGAAUAAUUCAAAAAUUAUGUUUUUCGAAAAAUAGUUCAGUUUUUCUUUGUUUGGGAGUGAAAAUCGAUAUUGAGGAGUUCAAAAGAUUUUUUUCAAAAUUUAUGAUUUAUUUAUUUAUUUUCAAGGAUUUUUUUAGCAACUGAAAGUUUUUUUCACAUGUAGAGGUACUCGGACAUUGGUAACGGGAGAGCGUCCCGAGCGCUUCUAUUAAAUGGACCUCUUAAGUGGUCCCUAGAAUUGCUCAGAAAUGUCCCGAGCACGUCCAUUUCGAGUUACCAAUUUCCGAGUGAUUAUAAACAUAAUUUAAAAAUUGAGGCAUUUUUACAGGAAUUGGUAAUUGAUGGAGAAUUUUUCCUCUGGGUAGAAUUUGAAUAUAUCAGGUUUUGUGCACAAAAAAAUAAAUCGAAUAUUCAAAAAAAGGCAGUUUAUAACAUUUUUAUAACAUUAGCUAUGUGAACUCGGAACAAGAAGAUCGUUUUUUUCUGAAAAAGUUUUUUUGGGUUGGAAUCGAGCUGCUCUUAAAUAAGUUCAAGUUUAGGGAAAUAUCCAAGAAUUUUUUUAUUUUUAUACCGGGACCUUAAAAGGUCAGAUUGAAAUUUGGAAAUUUUGAGAACCUCGAAUUCGAAUUUUGCUUAAAAUAAUCUUUUAAAGUUGGUUUAAGUCUAAAAAGAACAGGUUCUAAUAAAAUCUAAAAAGUUUGUACUUUACAGUAUACUUUACAGAUAUCUUGUUUCAACGAUACAAUAAGCUUAGAUUGAAAAAUCCGGUUGAUUUCUAUUAAAGUCAUUCGUCGGCUGGAUCUCAACCCCGGGGUUCAGCUUAUACCCCCCAAAAAAAGUGCGGCCUAUAUCCUUCCCUGGGUGGGGUCCAGCCGAUGUAUGAUUCAAGUUCAAUUUUUCUGAAGAAUUUUCUCCCUAGGAAGCCGAUCCCUAUCAUCUCUCCUGGACUGCGCCAUUAUCCACGCCGACAAUGUUGAGUCCAACGACAAAGGCUUCGGAUCUUCGGAUUCGGAUGACGAUGAGCCCAACUUGAACUGGAUCUUCACAGAAUCCCUGUUAAGGGCUAUUAAUGUAAACUUUGGUGUUUUAAGGGAAUUUCGGAGAGUUUUGGUUCAGAUUGAAAGUUCGGAAGAUCGAAAAGUGGCGUCCUCCUUUGCCAUGGUCUCGCUUGUGAGCAAGGUGAGGAAAUAAUUUUUUAGCUUGAAGAGUCAUUUUCUUAAUGGACCACUCUUAUUUCUUUUUUGUUGUUACUUCAUUUUUGUUAUUUUUAAUUUUGACAUUAUUCAUUAUGGGCCGAGAGUCAUUGAAAAUACCAUUGAAUGGGUCUUUUCUCGGUUGGAUUUGAUAACUAUUUAAAAAAUGGUUCACGGUCCCCAACUUGUACCUUUUUCUAGGUUUUCUCAACACUCUCGCCCCUGAUAGCCCUGGAAAAACGGCCCUUAACAUCAAAAAGAAGGGUUAUUGUGGCCAAGUUGGCUGUGGAGAAGGCGGCUCAAAUUAUUCAGAGGGGAGGUGAGGAAUUCAUUUUUUGAAUAUUUUACCAAAAAAAAAAGUUUUUUUAGUUAUCAUAUUAUCAGCAUGAGAGAGAAAAACCUGUUUUUAAAGAUAAUUUUCUCACAAAAUUAUCACAAAAAUGAUGAAAAAUUGGAUUUCAACUGAUUUCAGGCAGUUCUUCUAGUGAAUAUCGUUCCGUCCUUUUCCGAUAUGCCGUUGAUUUCAGAAGCGCCUUGGAAAAGGUGAGAAUCUAAACAAAUUUCGAAGAAAUGGAUCACUUUUGAGUGGGAAAAGUUGCCCCAAUUUUUCUCAAUAUUUUAAUCCAAUAGACGUUUUCGAAUGGAAAUGCAGGCGAAAAUUUCGAUUUUUUGUGAGAAAUUUGAUUUUUAGGUUAGUAGGAGCCCUCAAGGCUAAUUUUGUUUACGUUCUUGAAAAUAUUGAUGAAAAAGGUUUUGAAAAAAAAAUGGAAAACGAAUCUUGAAGCUUUUUUCUCAAUAGAGCGCAUUUAAAUCAGAAAAACAGCUUUUCAGGCUCACUGAGAAUUUCUCUAGAAACGGAUAUUUUUGGCAAUUUUUGUCUAUAGAACUCGUUUUCCAAUCUGAUCUUGCUCUGAUUUUGACAAGAUUUACAAAAGUUUGAAAUUUUUUCUCGAUGAAACUUUGGUUAUUUUGAAAAAUGGCUUGAAUCUAUCAGGAAGUUUUUUUGGGGCCGGAAAUUUUCUGAAAAUUGGCUACAGUGUCUCUUGAUGUACUCAGUGAAGAUCCUGAAAGUCUCAAUCUUCAAAAAUUUCUAGAUAUCAAAAAAUAAGGGCUCAGAGCCUGGAAAUAGCCUAUUUUAACGGCUUUUGAGGAUUUUUUUGACUUUGAGUAGUCCUGUCCCGAAAAAUUGGAAGUUGGGCAAGUUGGGACUUUCAGAAUCUUUAUUUGAAGUAUCAAGGGAUUACCUGGCCAAACUUAGACUGUAUCUGAUUCACGGCUGGCUUGAGCCAUCGAGAAAAGGGUCCUGACACGAUAAUAAAAAAUAGUGUCUGAUUGUUGGAGAGCGCAGACAGACCGCGCCCCCUUAAGUCCCAAGCUGGCCAUGAAUCGGCUCUAAAAUGAACUUAUUUUUGAAGAGAGAAAAUAGCCGAUCGGCCCUGUCCGUCCGAAACAUGGUCUACAACGGCUCCAUGCUGACUUUUGCCAUUAUUGGAGCGAUGUCCUCAUUUUCCUGUACCAUUGAUAUCCUCAACGAAGUCGGCGUCUUGCAAAUGUCAGUUUUUUUUCAGAAGAAAAAUUUAUUAUUCUGCAAAUUUCAAUAGCCAUUGAAAGCAAGUUAUUGCACAUCAACUAAGGGAGAAAAGCGGUUCAUAGGAAUAUCAAAUGAUAUGUUAGACGAGUGUUUUUUCUGGGAAGAAUGGUAGGCUGUAGUUGGUAGAAGGUACCCAUCAGAAAAAAAAUAUGAAAGAAUGAGUUAUUAAAAGCCUAGAGGGGUGUUUGGGGAGUUGGGAUGGCUGAAAGUUACUAUUAAAGGCGCAUGGUUGACUUGAUGAUCCUUUAAUAAGAUAAUAAGUUUGUCUAUAACAUUUGAACGUCUAGAAGUUUUUAUAUAAUUUUUCCAGUAGAAAUCAAAAAAAUUUUGAGCGAAUCGAGCAGAUCCUAUGAUCCUUUAAUAAGAGAAUGGACGGUGUUUGAAACGAAUUUUUUAGUUUUUAUAUUGAAACUCCUAUAUUUGAAAAUGUUAAAAACGUCGGAAAUUGACCAUGCUCCUUUAAUAAGCACUUCAUGACUUAAGGUGA